AUGGCUAAUGGUCGUGCAGGUGGUAGUGGCGGGGGCGCUAGUGAUAGUGAUAGUGAUGGGAGAAGAUAUGAGUAUUUCAGGAUCAGAGAAGAUGCGGCUGGCAAACCCGGACACACGCCCUUACAGAAGUGCACUGCCGCAAUCAAGCAACUGGCGUACGGAGGCCCAGCCGACAUGUUUGACGAGUACCUCCACAUUGGCAAGUCGUCAGCCGUCGAGUGUCUGCAGAAUUUUUGCGCGGGCGUUAGAGCGAUAUUCGGGGAUCGCUAUCUUCGGACUGCUGAUAAAUAUGCACGGACGAUCAUGCAUGCGAUCGGACCAAAGAAGUCCUACUUUGCGAGCCGUCAGGAGGCAGCGCGCAAGGAUGUUGAGCAGACAUUUGGUGUGCUCCAGAGUCGAUGGACGAUGAAGGGUCCUUCACGGAUGUGUGGACCAACGAAAGAUGAUACGGGUGUCGGUCCAAGCCACGGCGUGGCCAGCGCGAAUGUGAACAUGGGGGUACCUCAUGGAAAGGUUGAGUGGUUACGCGCAUUUGCCGACAUGCGGCAAAGAGAUGCUCAUAUUCGACUUCAAAAGGAUAUCAUUGAAGAGGUUUGGACGCGGAGGGGUGAACGUUGA